AUGGCCGACUUCACUCAAUAUGGUAUACCUAGCGCCGAAUGGAUCGCUCUUGAGCCGACGCUGCCUGAGCUCCCCAAAGACCUCUCUGUGGAGCAAUUGAAGACAUUGUUAAAUAAGGGCCGGGAGGCAUCCGCCGCCCAAGAUAUGAUCGGCCUCAGUGCCGCAGUUCAGCUGUACGACCACACAAUCACAGCCCGCGACGGUACGCUCCUCGAAGCACGCAGCUACCGCCCCGUCGGCGUGCCCAUCUCCGAGGGCCUCCCUGUUUACGUCCAUCUUCACGGCGGAGGUUUCCUUUUCGGGACACUCUCUUCUGAAGACGCUACUUGCUCGCGGAUUGUCACCUCGCGUGCCCAGAAUGGUACCCCAGUCGUAGUCUUGAAUAUUAACUACCGACACACCCCCGAAUACCCCUAUCCCACUGCAUGGAAUGACGUGGAAGACGCAUUUGUCUGGCUACACGAGAACAUCGCCGAGAUUGGCGGGAUCAGCGAGCAGGUUGUCGUGGGCGGUAUUUCAGCUGGUGCAUGGUUGACUGCGUCGUUGGCGCUGGCUCAGCUGCGUGGCGAGGAUCAGCGCUUAGCAGCAUGCCCGAAAAUUGCAGGACAGGUCCUCAUGAUUCCUUGUGUUGUACAGUGGGAUCACUAUGCGCCGAGAUUGGAGAUGCUCAAGAGUCCUGAUUUAUCGAGCUAUGUGCAAUGUGCCAACGCGCCUGUUUUGCCGGUAACUCGAAUGCAAUUGUUCACUGAACUUCUUGGGCUUGUUGAAACCAAGGAUGCUGAUGGGGAUCGUCGGAUGAGCCCUGGAAACGCCACCGCCGAAGAGGUCAAGGACUUGCCUCCUACUACCUUUGGAAUCGCGGGGAAUGACCCAUUGAGAGAUGAGGGUCUAUUCUAUGGACAGCACCUCGCCGCCAACGGCGUUCCUACCAAUGUUCAUGUCUUCCCCGGCGUCCCUCAUGGAUUCAGGAGGUACAAGGAACUGCCUGACAGCAAGAGAUGGGAUGAGGUGAUGAGUGACGGCAUUGCCUGGGCACUGGCAAAUCCUGCGCCCGGUCCAUUUGAGAUCAAAUCCAAAUAG